AUGUUUAUCAGAACUUUCUAUGAUUCUACUGGUAGCAAUGCUGGUGCUUUUGAUAGCAGUGGUGAUUCUACUGGUAGCAAUGCUGGUGCUUUUGAUAGCAGUGGUGAUUAUACUGUUAGCAAUGCUGGUGCUUUUGAUAGCAGUGGUGAUUAUACUGCUGUCAUGAUGCUUCUUGACAGCAGUGCUGAUGCUUCUGGUAGCAUUACAAGGUCUUCUUGUAGCAUUUCUAGUAUUUCUGGUAGCAGUCCUGGUGCUUCUGGUAGCAGUCUUAGUGCUUCUGGUAGCAGUCCUGGAGCUUCUGGUAGCAGUCUGAGUGCUUCUGGUAGCAGUCCUGGAGCUUUUGGUAGCAGUCCUGAUGCUUCUGGCAGCAGUCCUGAUAUUUAUGGUAGUUGUCCUAAUUUUUCUAGAAGCAGUUCUAUUGCUUCUAACAGAAGUCCUGAUGCUUCUGGUAGCAGUCCUGAUGCUUCUGGUAGCUGUCUUGACGAUUCUGGUAGCUGUCAGAACGCCUCUGGUAGCCGUCCUGACACUUCUUGCGGCAGUCCUGAUGCUUCUGGUAGAAAUCUUGAGGCUACUGGUCUUUCCUGUGCCAGAUCAGUCACCGUGGUGAUUCUACUGGUAGCAGUCCUGAUGCUUUAUAGCCGUGGUGAUUCUACAGGUAGCAGUCCUGGUGCUUUUGAUAGCAGUGGUAAUUCUACUGGUAGCAGUCCUAAUGCUUUUGAUAGCAGUGGUGAUUCUACUGGUAGCAGUCCUGGUGCUUUUGAUAGCAGUGGUGAUUCUACUGGUAGCAGUCCUGAUGCUUUUGAUAGCAGUGGUGAUUCUACUGAUUGGGAAGUUAUCCUAGAAGGAAGGGGAGAGGCGGGAAGGCUACAAGGUGUCAAAUCAAGUGAUCGCGUGACGAGAACGAGGAAGAGGUCGUCCUAA